CGUUUGAACAGGUACCCAGAGGUGAAGAGAUUCAUCUUUGAUGACAUUCCUUUGUUUCACAAUGUUGAAUUCAAGAGUGUCCCAGGAGCAUCUCCUAAUCUCUACUUCCUUAAUGCACAGGAUGAGAAGGUUGAGACCGUCGACCUGACCCAGUUAGACAGGGAGGGGUGCAACCAGCUGCUGAUCAGGAAGGGCUUCUUCAAGAGGAACAACCCCGGAGAUGGAGUACCUCCUCAAUUUAAGGACGGCCCGUACGGGGAACAUGUCGAACUCUAG